GCGAUAAAAUAGGAUGAUAGUAUGAAAUCAAGAAGCUUGUGGGGGCGUGAUGGUAACGAAGUAGCAGAUAAGCAUCCAUCUGAGUAAUUUGAGAUUCUCCUCUCACAUGUUCAAAUGAUGCAAGCAGAAAGGAAGAUAUUGGUGACAUGCGAAAAUAUCAUACUGCAUAAAGCAAACUUCUCCCCCUAAUUUCUCCGGUGAAGAAACAGAUCAAAUAACAGUGAUCCGAUCAUAACAGUAAUCCGAUCAUAACUGACCCCCGUCCUUUGAUCUUCUCCGGUGAAGAAACAGCACCCAUCGUCGUCGUCCAAUUUCACAUACAAUCAGACGACCACUACCUCGGAGUCCGAUUUCACAGAGUUUCCCCUUAUUGUGCUUCAAUUUGGUCACGAAUUAAUGGAUAAAAAUAACGAUUGCGUUUAUUUGGGUUGAGUUUAAUUGGGGGCUUCAUCGUCAUCACUAAAAAUUGCCAUGAGUUUAUUUGGGUCGAGUUUGCUUUGGUGCUUCAUCGAGUUUGCUUGCUUAUCAGCGUUAUUUCGUAUCAGUCUUGACUAAAACAACCUAAGAUGAAAGCUAAACGUCCGACUAAAGCUCAACGAUUGUCGUCGACUACAAUCAGCACACUUCCUCAAACCAUAAUAGAAAACAUCCUAUGUUUUUUACCUAUUCAAGAGGCAGCACGGACAAGUAUCCUCUCUAGGGAAUGGAGGUACAAGUGGACCACUAUUCCCAAACUUGAGUUUGGUUCGUCUACUUUGUCCAAAGGAAAAAACAAAGAGAAGCUACCAUCUGACAUAGCAAGUGCAAGGAAAAACAUGGACGAAAGGUGUAAACUUUUCAAUGCUAUACACCAAGUGCUGUUAAUGCGCCAGGGUCCAAUACACGAGUUCACCUUUAACCCGUUUGGAACCUACCACUGUUUUGAACUUGAUCAAAUAAUUUUACAUUUGUCAAGGAACCAUACUGUCAAGAAAUUAACACUUGCGUUUGGUCAUACGUUUUCGUAUAAGUUACCCUUAUGCGCCUUCUCUUUGCAUCAUUUAAGAGACCUACAUCUCCGUAGUGUUGUUAUUGACCAUCAACCAAUAUUCAGUGGAUUUGGUAGCCUUAGAAGCUUAUGCUUGUAUAAUGUAAAGAUCUCUAAAAAAGCUCUUCUUCAUCUUUUAUCUAAUUGUCCAUCACUUAAGAGGUUCAGUCUGGGAUAUCUCAAUUCUAAAGAUUGCACCAUCAAUGAGCUAUUCGAGUGUUUGCCUGUGAUUGAACAUCUGACUUUCUCGAGGAACUAUUUCUAUCUGCGGCUUGUUCUAGACUCGAUUCGAGGAGAGCUUCCAAUGUCACUAAUCCACCUCAAAUACUUUUGUUAUAACAAAAUGGAUUUCGCUGAUCACCGUCUUUUCACUUUUCUUGUUGUUUUGAUCAAAUGCUCUCCAAACUUGGAGAAAAUUGUGCUAGAGAUUGAUGAUUGUAUUGGUGAUGACGAAGAGAUAUGUUGUGGUAUAUUGGAAAAAUACUCAGAUGUUCGGUUGGAGCAUAUGCAGGAAUUGGAGAUUCACUAUUUCAGCAACUUGAAGCAUGAGAUGGAGUUUGUGAAGUUAAUCAUGGCAAGUUCACCCAAGCUGAAGAAGGUGAUCAUACAUAGUUUGGUUGAAAAGGAUGAAGAGUCGGAUUUGUUAAAAAUUCUCUUACAGGCCCCACGUGCAUCACCGGUAGAAAUUGUUUUGAGAUCUAUGAUAAACUGGUAGUGUUGCUACUUGUUUUUUUUUUUUUUUGGGGUCAAGUCUAUGGAUUUUAUUUGGAUGUUGGCUUUCACACUAGAGCUGGUGUGUAUAUGAGUUAGUUGCUCCAAAUCGACUCGUUAAAAGCUCGAAUCAAGUUGAUUUUAAAUGAGCUCGAGAUGUAUCUUCA